UUUCCUUUUUAAAAAAUACCCUUCUAAUGCAAUUAAAUGGCCUUUAAAAUGGUGAUUUGUGAAGUGCUGCAUUAGACCUUUUACUUGCCCCAAAGAUAGCUUGGCACAUUGUUCUCAUGCUUCAAAAUUACCAUGGAAACCAAAAGCAGUACGUAUUUUCUUUAUUCAUUUGCAAAAGCUUCAGUUUCUAUUCUGGAUCUCUGUGUUGCCUGCCCAUGGUUAACUGUGAGCAGAUACAUGGUGUCUAGGACUCUGUAUAAUGUUUUGGGCUAAAGAAAGACUUGGCAGCAAAAUGGCCUAUUGGGUGAAAGUUAUUGCAAGCAAGAGUUGCUGAUAUCCAAAAUUUGGUAGGAUGAAUGAAGGAUUUAACUUUCUGGGAAGUAGGAGUGGCUGAGCAACUUGUUAAUCAAGCCACAACGUGUGGCCCCUUCUGACAAGCGUUGCAGCCUGCAAGGGAUUGUUCUCAUUCCAAUCCCCAUUUUGUGUGGCCUUCCGGUUGAGGUGGCUACAGGAAGUGUCCCACAGAGUACUCAUGUUUGUGACUGGAGAGGUGCACUCAAUAGGCAUUGUUGAGGUGUUCUUCUCACUUGGUGAUGUUGCAAGGAAAGCUUACAUGCUGCUGCGCCUGCUGGCAAUAUGGAAAUAGCUCAAGGAGACACCUCCAAGCACCCCACAUUUUAUUGUCAUGAACAAUGCAGCCUGUGUAAUAGCAGUGCACUGGACUGUGAUGUGUUGUCAAGCUAUGUUCCUUCUUUUGAAAGCUUCAUAAUCAUGAGAAGGCGGAAUGUGAACUGUCUGAAGAACACAGUAAUCUGGUACGAAGACCAUAAAAACCGCUGCCCCUAUGAGCCCCAUCUCUCAGAGUUGGACCCCACCUUUGGGAUGUACACCACAGCUGUGUGGCAAUGUGAAGCAGGGCACCGCUAUUUCCAGGACUUGCACUCCCCGCUUAAGCCACUCAGUGACUCUGAGAGCGAGUGUGAUAAUGUUGCCAAUGGCACCGGGGCAGGAAGCUCCAGGAAUUCAGAUGAGAGCUCCAUCUCUGAGGCAGAAGAACAGCCAGAGACCCAGAAGGCUGAGCCGCAGGUGCAGCAGCCAUCAGAAAAUAUGGAGGGUGAAAGUGCCAGUGGGCUCAUAUCUCAGGACGGCAUCCACGUUCCAUUUGAGCACCAUAUUGAGAACCUGACAGCAGAGCAGAGUGCUAGUAUGUGCCACAGUCAGCCCCUCAGUGGCCCAGAGACCAUGGAAACCGUGGUAUGCGUUCCGGUACCCAUGCAAAUGAGUACAGGCCAUGGGACUCUUUUUGAGAAUGUUACACAAGAGACACUUGGUGAAGUGGUGGCCAGCUGCCCUGUGCAGGGUGUGAUGCAGGGCUCACAGGUGAUCAUCAUUGCUGGUCCUGGCUAUGAUGCCCUUGCAGCCGAGGGAAUCCAGCUGAAUGUCACCAGCACAGGAGGAGAGGAACUGCCCUGUGCCAUGAUUGAGGGUGUGGCAGCUUAUGCUCCGGCAGAGCCUGAGAACGGACAGUCCAGUAGCAUGGAGGCUGUGGGAAGUAUGGAAUACAUCGAAACCAAGAAAGAAAACGAGGUGCUUUUUGAGCUCAAAAAAGAGGAGUCGCAGCCCCCAACAGAAAUAGAGACACCCUGUGACCCAGAGCCAGCCCAUGAGAGUGGGGGGCUGGAACCAGAGCCUGAACCUGAGGAGGAGACAGAUGGCACCAACAUGUCCUCCAUUAUCUAUGAGAUUCCAAAGGAACCUGAAAAGAGAAGGCGGAGCAAAAGGGGCCGUGUGAUGGAUGCAGAUGGCAUGUUGGAGAUGUUCCAUUGUCCCUAUGAAGGAUGCACCCAGGUCUAUGUAGCACUUAGUAGUUUCCAGAAUCACGUUAACCUUGUUCACCGGAAAGGAAAGACGAAGGUGUGCCCCCACCCAGGUUGCGGCAAGAAGUUCUACUUGUCAAACCAUCUCCGGAGGCACAUGAUAAUUCACUCAGGAGUUCGUGAAUUUACCUGUGAAACCUGCGGGAAAUCCUUCAAGCGGAAGAACCACCUGGAAGUCCACCGCCGAACACACACAGGAGAGACACCUCUCCAGUGCGAGAUCUGUGGCUACCAGUGCCGGCAGCGAGCCUCUCUCAAUUGGCACAUGAAGAAGCAUACCUCAGAAGUCCAGUACAACUUUACUUGCGAGCACUGUGGCAAGCGCUUCGAAAAGCUGGACAGUGUCAAGUUCCACAAGCUAAAGAGCCAUCCGGAUCACAAGGCUGCCUGAUCCUGACUAUGGACCAUUUUAUUUAUUGCCCCACCACAGGUUGCAAACCAAUGGAGGGCACUUCUUGCACAUUCACAGCUGGAGAUGUGAUGUGUUCUACCUGCAAUAGAGGGAUACACCUCUCCUUCAGUGUAAUGUGGGACAGCUUUUUAAGAGCAGAUGGUGACAGACUUCAACACGUUUUAGUUCUGAUGUUCAAGUGUCAGUGUUCUCAGGUAUGGGGUGGGAGGAAGUGUUCUAAACAGCAUCAAAUCAACUCACCUUAUAACUGGAGAUUGUGGUGCUACAGCUGUCCUAUCUCUUCAAGGGAGGGUGGAUGACACUGCAUUGAUAGACAAGAAAAAUCUUAGCCAAUUAAAUUAUCAGUACUUAGUUUUACAGUUUACUGUUGUGCAACACUUUGCUUGUCUGACCAUCUGAUGCUUGGUCUCAGGCAGGAGGCUCCAGUCACCUACCACUAACUAUAGAGAGGUAACUCCAGUGGGAAAACUGUAUCUAUUGACAACAAUUCAAGGUGACUCUUUGGUUGAUCUGCAUUUGUUAAUCAAUCUCAUGAAAGGCCACAUCUUGCAAAAAGCAGGCUGAAGUAAGGAGGAUCAUAUGCUGGUCUUAAAACUGGCAGUUAUUGGAAACUGCCUCUCCCUCAACCUUCAGGGCUGUUGCAUUGGAAGAAAAGCCAGAGUUUCCAUGUGUAUCCCUUUUCCUGAAAUUGUAGCAUCUCCUGAAGUGCAGGUGCUUGGUGGUGGAUAUGCUCAUGCUUCAGGUAGUCACAAGAUAGCUUUUCUGAGCCUCUGUACUCAUCCUCUGGCUUGCCAUAUUCAGAAUCCACUUUGUGAGUAGCAGGUAUAGGAAUUUGCAUGACUUUGAUGCCAUAGGCAUCAGCUUUCUUGUGCAGAAUAUUGGGAAUCUCCACUUUUAUUUUUAAAAACCCACUCUUAGGACUGAGAUGAAAAUAUGAAAAUGAGGAAUGGUUAGUGUUAAGUUUUUUUCUCAGGGUUUGGUAUUCACACGGAAAAACUUGUAGUAGUACCCAUACAUAUGUACCCAUCAGAAUGGCAAAGAAGUAUGUGUGCUGCAGGCAGGCAUCUGGAUGGACCUUUGCCAUUGCACUGUGGGCAUAUGAUUCCCCUUCUGCUUGUCUGGAAAGGUCCCUCCAAGUGUUGUUGUACAACAUCUUUCCUAACCUUUCGUUGUACUGGCUGGGGCUGAUGGGGAGUUGAAGUCCAACAUCUGGAGGUUCCGCAUCUCCUCUUUUACCAAAACGCAAGCCCUCACACAUUCGAUUAAAAAUCCUCUCUUAGAUGCAAAUCCAGGUGGUUGUGGAUGGCAAAAGGUCCAGCUGGAGGAAGCUACCUGGCUCUAAGUCAUUCUCUCACAAUUAGAGAUGUGAAGGCCCAGAAAAAAACUGGAAAACCCGUUUUUUCCCCGAAGCCUUUUUGUUUUUUUCUGAAAAAUUGGGGAAAAAUGAAAAUGAAUUAUGGAAUGUUUUAUUUCAGCAUGAUGAAUAAAAUGUUUCAUUGAAUCUUGGUCGCCUCCCUUCUCAGUUCAUUUUAUGGGAAUGGAUGCUUUAUGUCUGCUUAACACUGAGGAGGACUAGCAGACAUAAAUAAUUUUCUUUGUUAUUAAUGUUGAUGGCUUCUUCUGUUUUUUUUAAUUGUUUUUUGCCUGCUCCUCAUAAACUGGCAAAAUGAAAAACAUUCCUUACAG